AUGUUAGAGGAGGGUGGAUUUAUAAGAAAGCCGAGGACCCGACCUAAACGUAAAGUUGAUUAUCAAGAGGAUGAUGAAGGCGAGAUUGCUGUAGAUAGUGGGUUGAGAAUCGGUGAUGAUGGCGACGACGACGAUUACAAGGAGGAGUACGGUAAAGAAAGUACCCCUGUAAUCGUGGAAUCCAGUGGGGAAGAUGCGAAGCCCGAACCUUAUAACUUGAUAGAGCUCAAAAGCGAGGACAACGACGAUGAUGAUGAUGAUGACGAUGUACCCUUGGCUAAAAGACGUAAAUCAGAUCAAAAACCACAACGCAAGCGGACAAGUGAAAAAGCUACCAAUGGAGCGAAAAAAAAAAAAACUCAGAAUACCAAAAAGCCCAAGAAACCAACUAAACCAAAGACUACGCCCUACGAGCGUAACACUGCUCGACUUUUCGAAAACCAUCCAGAGUUGAAGACAGUUUUCACUGAUUUAGCAGAUGCCCCCCAAUACAAAGCAGACAGAGCGUCGCAACCCUCUGGAAUGACCAUCAAACUGUUACCUUUCCAACUUGAAGGCCUACACUGGCUGAUAACGCAAGAAGAGAGCAUCUACAAUGGUGGAGUCCUCGCAGACGAAAUGGGGAUGGGAAAAACCAUUCAAACGAUUGCUUUACUGAUGAACGACGUUACCAAGAAGCCAUCCCUGGUCGUUGCUCCCACAGUAGCGCUCGUGCAGUGGAAGAACGAAAUCGAUCAGCACACAGGCGGCAGAUUGACAACCCAUAUCUUUCACGGCGCAAAUCGUACUACCAACAUAGGCGAAUUCAAAGACGUGGAUGUGUUGCUCACCACAUAUUCUGUGCUGGAAUCGGUAUUUCGUAAGCAAAACUAUGGGUUCAAACGUAAAAAUGGCGUCUACAAAGAGCGAUCAUUAUUGCACAACAUGAAUUUUUACAGAGUUAUUCUCGAUGAGGCUCAUAACGUUAAGGAUAGACAAAGCAAUACUGCAAAAGCGGUAAAUAACCUAAUCACAGAUAAAAGAUGGUGCCUAACGGGUACUCCUCUACAAAAUCGAAUUGGCGAAAUCUACUCGCUAAUUCGAUUUCUGAAUAUUGACCCAUUUUGCAAGUAUUUCUGUACUAAAUGCGAGUGUGCAUCGAGCGAGUGGAAAUUCAGCGACCAUAUGCAUUGUGAUAGAUGUGCACACGUUGUUAUGCAGCACACCAACUUCUUCAACCACUUUGCAUUGAAGAAUAUUCAAAAACACGGGAUGGAGGGUCCGGGCCGUGAGUCCUUCAAUAACAUCCAACUUCUUUUGAAGAAUAUUAUGCUCAGAAGGACUAAAGUAGAAAGGGCUGAUGAUUUGGGACUUCCUCCCCGCAUUGUCACAGUACGAAGAGACUUCUUCAAUGAAGAAGAAAAAGAUUUGUACCAGAGUUUGUACACGGACGUUAAGCGGAAAUUUAGCUCCUAUGUUGAGGAGGGUGUGGUGCUGAAUAACUAUGCGAACAUUUUUACCUUAAUUACGAGAAUGAGGCAGCUGGCUGAUCAUCCUGACUUAGUCCUCAACAAAAUGAAGGACCGCAAAGACUUUGUUGACAACGUGAUAGUUUGCCAAUUAUGUGAUGACGAAGCUGAGGAGCCGAUCGAAUCCAAAUGCCACCAUAAGUUUUGUCGUCUUUGCAUCAAAGAAUACACUGAAUCUUUUCUGGGAAAUGCUGAAAAGCUCACCUGCCCUGUGUGCCACAUUGCUUUGAGUAUUGACUUGUCUCAGCCCGCAUUGGAAGUAAUAGAGGGCUUGCACAAAAAGAGUAGCAUUUUAAAUCGUUUGAAUGUCCAGGGUAAGUGGAGGUCGUCUACCAAGAUUGAGGCCUUGGUUGAAGAAUUAUACAAUCUCAGAAGCGACCGACGGACCAUAAAGUCAAUUGUGUUCUCACAGUUUACCAGCAUGCUGGAUUUGGUUGAGUGGAGGUUAAAGAGAGCUGGGUUCAAAACUGUUAAAUUGCAAGGUAGCAUGACUCCCACCCAGCGUGAUCAGACCAUCAAGCAUUUUAUGACGGACAUUCAUUGUGAAGUUUUUUUAGUCAGCUUGAAAGCAGGUGGUGUGGCUCUGAACCUUUGUGAAGCUUCUCAAGUGUUUAUUUUGGAUCCUUGGUGGAAUCCUAGUGUGGAGUGGCAAAGUGGGGAUAGAGUUCAUAGAAUUGGGCAAUUUCGGCCGGUGAAGAUAACUAGAUUCUGCAUUGAGGAUAGUAUUGAAUCAAGAAUUAUCGAACUUCAAGAGAAAAAAGCAAAUAUGAUUCAUGCUACCAUAAGUAAAGAUGAUGCAGCCAUCAACAGGUUGACACCAGGAGACUUGCAGUUCUUAUUCAACAAUUAG